AAGACGCACAGGACGGACAAUUUCUCCUUUUUUCGCCGUUACAUUCUCUUUUCUGCCGCCAUUAAUGUACUGCGCAACUGCUCCAUCUAUCUAUACCCAUUCAACUUUCCCACUUUAUUCCAUUCAAGAUUUCCUGUAAUUCCUUUUUUUUUUUUUUUUGAAUGGACUGCUAAUAAUUACUCACCCCACGCUUUUUAAUUCUUUCUUCUUUAAAAAUCAAGAAAAACUCACUCUCUGAGAAGGGAGAGGUUUCAGGUUUAGCAACCACGACGGCGCGCACUAAACCCAUCUCUCUCUUGCUCAAAAGCACGCAAGCUGACAAGCGCUUUUGUGCUCCCCACUGCUAUUCUUGUUCUGAGAUUGGCCCCGCAAAACAAUUUGCUUUUGUGGGAAGAAACUUCUUUUUUCAGGCGGUUGUUGGGCUCGGAGUCUUCUGAUUUCCGGUUGCAUUUCCGGCUUAACGGAGGAAAGUUUUUGUCUUUACGAAAGUUAAGAGACCCCUCCUUCUCCCCCCAAUGUUUCCUCUUGUUGUCAUUCUCUCUUCUGCUUAAACUUUGUGUUGGGUGGAAAUGUUACUGAAUAUUUUAACUGCUUUUUUAUUCUUGAUUCCGGUUCUUGUGCUCUCGCUAGACCCGGCUUUUAACGAUGAUGUUCUGGGUUUGAUUGUCUUCAAAGCUGGGAUUAUAGACCCGGAAUCAAAGCUCGAAUCUUGGAAUGAGGAUGCUGAGAGCCCCUGUACCUGGAAUGGGAUUAAGUGUGAUCCUCAGUCCAAUAGAGUCUCUGAGGUUGUUCUUGACAAUUUCUUUCUUUCUGGGCACAUAGGUAGAGGCCUUUUGAGGUUGCAGUUCUUGAGAGUGUUAUCUUUGUCCAAGAACAAUUUCACUGGGAAUAUCAAUCCAGUUCUUGCCCAAAUUCCCAGCUUGAGUGUGAUUGAUCUGAGUGAAAAUAGCUUGUCUGGCUCAGUCCCUGAAGAAUUUUUCAGACAAUGUGGAUCUCUCCGGGUUGUUUCGUUUGCCAGAAACAACCUCAGUGGGCUAAUCCCUGUCUCUCUCACCACAUGCUCAACAUUGGAGAGUGUUAACUUAUCCUCCAACCAGCUUUCUGGUCAGUUGCCCUUUGGAGUAUGGUCUUUAACUUCUUUAAGGUCAUUUGAUGUUUCUGAUAAUUUUCUGGAGGGUGAGAUUCCUAAGGGAUUUGAGAAUUUGUAUGCUUUAAGGUCAAUAAGUUUAAGGAAGAAUAAUUUUAGUGGUCAGCUGCCUGAAAACAUUGGAAACUGUGUGCUUUUGAAAUCAGUUGAUCUCAGUGAGAAUUCACUUAGUGGAGGUCUUCCUGAUUCUAUGCAGAAACUGGGUUUAUGUACAGCUCUUAAUUUAAGGGGAAAUAUGUUCACAGGAAAGCUUCCAGAUUGGAUAGGAAAUAUGAAGAGCUUGGAGAUUUUGGAUCUUUCUGCAAAUGAUUUGUCCGGUAGGGUUCCGGACUCCAUAGGGUAUCUUCAGUCCUUGAAGGAGGUGAAUUUGUCGAACAAUUGGUUCGUGGGAAGCUUGCCGGAUUCUUUGAUGAACUGUGUUAACCUUGUGGCUCUAGAUGCCAGCCAGAACCGGUUCAAUGGUAACCUACCUCAAUGGGUUUUCAAGUUGGGUUUGGUUAGUGUCUUUCUUUCUGGGAACAGGUUUACUGGGAGCAUUGAAUAUCCUCCUACAGUGUCCUCGUAUCAAAGUCUUCAAGUUUUGGACUUGUCUUCAAAUGCGUUAACUGGUGAAAUCUCGUCUGCCAUUGGGAAUUUUAGCGGACUACAGGUCUUGAAUGUUUCCAAGAACUCUUUGUUUGGUGGCAUUCCAGCAACUCUAGGAGAACUAUAUCAGACUCGGGUUCUUGAUUUGAGUCACAAUAGUUUAAAUGGAAGCAUCCCGUCUGAAAUUGGACGAGCAGUUUUGUUGGAGGAGCUGAGGCUCGAAGGCAAUUUCCUGACUGGAGUGGUUCCUGCGGACCUCCAAAAUUGCUCGUCUUUAACUUCUUUGGUCCUGUCACAGAACAACCUUACCGGUCCAAUCCCUGCAGCAAUUGCAAAGCUAGCCAACCUUAAGAUUGUAGAUUUAUCUUUCAACGGUUUCUCUGGGAGAUUACCGAAAGAAUUGACCAACCUUUCCCACCUGAUCGGUUUUAAUGUCUCCCAUAACCAUCUGGAAGGCGAGCUCCCUGUUGGUGGCUUUUUCAACGCGAUUCCUCUCUCAGCAGUGACCGGAAAUCCGUCCCUUUGUGGGGCGGUGCUCAACCAUUCUUGCCCCUCUGUUCAUCAAAAACCCAUUGUCCUCGACCCCAAUUCAUCCUAUGCGGGUCAUAAUUCUACUUCGUCUCUAGGCCAUAAGAGAAAUAUGCUCAGCGUAUCGUCUCUUGUUGCCAUUGGUGCUGCUGUUUUUAUCGCCCUUGGUGUAGUUACUAUAAGUAUUCUCAAUUCGCACGUGAGCUCAUCUUCGAGGCAGUCUGCUGCACUCAUGACAUUUUCUGGCGGGGAUGAAUUUAGUCAUUCCUAUGGCACUGAAGCUAACUAUGGGAAACUUGUUAUGUUCUCGGGUGAUGCUGAUUUUGCUUCGGGGACUGAAGCACUUCUGAACAAAGAUUCUGAGCUUGGACGGGGUGGAUUUGGGGCUGUUUACCGGACUGAACUUAGAAAUGGGCGUUCGGUGGCCAUAAAGAAACUCAACGUUGCGAGUUUAAUCAAAUCCCAGGAAGAUUUCGAGAGAGAAGUCCAAACGCUUGGAAAGGUUAGGCACCCGAACCUGGUGGUUAUCGAAGGUUACUAUUGGACUCCUUCGCUACAGCUCCUCAUUAGCAAAUAUGUAUGUGGAGGAAGUUUGUAUAAAAAACUCCACGAGGAAGAGGGCUGCUUCCUCCUCUCGUGGCAGCAGAGGUUCAGAAUCGUACUCGGUGUAGCCAAAGGGCUAGCUCAUCUACACGAGAUGAGCAUAAUUCACUACGACAUGAAGUCAACCAACAUCCUUAUAGACCGAUCGGGGGAUCCCAAGGUCGGGGAUUUCGGGCUAGCUAGGUUGUUGCCAGUGCUAGACCGCUACGUUCUAAGCAGCAAGAUCCAGAGCGCAUUAGGCUACAUGGCCCCCGAGUUUGCAUGCCAAACGGUGAAAAUAACCGAGAAAUGUGAUGUGUAUGGAUUUGGCGUCCUGACUUUAGAGGUGGUGACUGGGAAGAGACCCGUGGAGUAUAUGGAGGAUGACGUGAUCGUGCUGUGUGAUACGGUGAGGAGAGCAUUGGAGGAAGGGAAAGUCGAGGACUGCAUCGAUAACAGGCUGCAAGGUAACUUUCCCAUAGACGAGGCAAUUCCAGUAAUAAAACUCGGCCUCAUUUGUGCCUCUCAAGUGCCAUCAAAUAGGCCCGACAUGGAAGAAGUGAUCAGAAUCUUGGAACUCAUCCAGUAUUCUACAGAAAGCCAAGAUGAUCUGGAAUGAAGUCAAACAAAGUUUUAAGCCAAACACCACAGAUUAUUACAGAAUGAGUUUUUCAGUGAAGAGUGAUCCAAAGGUUGCUUCUUUAUUACUAUUAUUAUUUCUCUGUAUUAUUUUUGUUUUAGGCAUCUCUGAAAAUUUAUUUAAUUUUUGUUUGCUGUAUUUAAAUCAUUGGUUUCUCUUCACUGGCUGAAACUUUGGGGGCCCCUUUUGGAUUCUGAUUCAAUGAAAAAGGAAUCCUUGAUACAGAACCUUUUGGAAAUUGUUUCUUGUUUUACUCUCUA